AAAAAGAGUAACCUGAUGUUUAAACCCCAAACAAACAAACCCAACCUUCUUCUUCCUUAGCAUUAUUCUCUCCGCUCAAUCCACUCUGUGUAAACCCUAAUUCCACGAUGUUGACUUCUGCAUCUUCCUCCAUCUUCUACUUCAUCCCCACUCCAAAGCCCUCACAUUCUUCUCGCUUCACCGUUCGGGCUCACUCCAAACCCCCCGCUCUCCCCAACCUCAAAGCCCUCGCUGGCGCCGCAGUCUUCGCCGCCGUCGCCCUCCAAUUCCCCUCCGCACGCGCCUCUCCCCCUCCUUCGCCCCCUCUCCAAACCGACUACCGCCACGAAGAAUCCCUCACGCCGCUCUCAGACAUCCUCGAAACGAACGUCGAGGCCCUCGCCGCUCUCAAGUCCCUCCUCCAGCAGAAGCUCGAGCUCGGCGAGGACGACGAGGCGCGGGCCAUCCUCAAGCGCCUAAUCGCCGCGCAGCCCGACGUCGUCGACUGGAAGUUCCUCGCAGCGCGCCUCGCCGCCGAGACUGGCGACGCCGAUGGUGCUCGCGCGUACUACGAGGAAGUUCUGGCGGCAAACCCGCUCUCGUUCGAGGCGCUGUUCGAGAACGCACUGCUGAUGGACCGGUCAGGGGAAGGGGAGGCGGCUAUGCGGCGGCUGGAGGAGGCGCUGCGCGUGGCCGAGGAGGACAACAAGAAGAAGGAGGCGAGGGACGUGAGGCUCAUCAUAGCUCAGAUCAUGUUUCUUCAGAAGAAUGUGGAUGAAGCGUUAGGGAUUUAUGAUCAGCUCACGAAAGAGGAUUCGAGUGAUUUCAGACCUUACUUUUGCAGAGGCAUGAUUUAUAGCUUGCUUGAUAGAAACGAGGAGGCAAAGGAGCAGUUUGCAAAGUACAGAGAGUUGAGUCCCAAGAAAUUUGAGGUGGAUGGGUAUUUGAGAACCCCUUUGUCAAGGAUGAAGCUGUUUAGCACCGAUGAGAGCUGAAAAUUGGUCGGUGACAGUCAUAAUAAUAGUAGCAAUAAAUUUGCGGCAACUGGAAUAAUAAGGAUGGUAAACUGAGUUGGAUUCUUUUGUUUUAGCUAUGCUGUAUUGCUUGCUAUACCACGGUUGAAUGAUGGGUGGGUGUAAAGCCUUCUAUUUUUAGAGUAAAUCAAAGAGAAAUAAGGAUUCUUAUUAUUGAAUUCGGUUGCUGUUGGAACUGAUGAACUUGACCAAGCUUUUGGGAUUGCUUGGCUGUAACAUUAAUUUCAUAUUAGUUCUGCUAUGAUUGGAUUAUUGUAGUAGAAUCAGCAGCUAUUACUGUUUUGUGAUAUUUAGACUGUUACAUAUCAAAUGUUUCGUUUUGUGUCUCUUGUGGGAUGGUUACCUUUAUAUUGAUUUGGUGAUUCUGUAAGCUCAAAGGACUAGCUUUGUCCGUCCAUCAAAGAUUCCAGCCACUAUACGAACACUUCAAAUUGGAUUCCAAACACACAUAAUGGGUUUGCUUCUAUGUUUAUAAUAAGAGUUCAGUCAAGCUCGUGUGUAGAAACUUAUGUAACACUGGAUAUAGUGGAAAUCACUUCAAACGAAGGAAGGAACUACGCAAAAGGUUAGACUGAAGCUUUUCAAAAGCGACAAUGUUAUUUCUUUUGAAAAAAUGUGUCUUGAAAAAAAUUCAGCUAUGCAAGCAUGCCAUUAAUAGCUUUUUGUUUUUAGUGGACGUUGGUCAGAUUUGCAAGGGCACAAACAAUCACACUUUUAAAUCAUUUCCCAUUUUCACGUCAA